AUGGUCUAUGCACCGCUAUGGGCUGCUCGCGAGCAGUCGCAGAAGAACCAUAGUGCACACCAGCUGCUGGAGAUGUUUCGGUCAUGGUCCUCAUCGGUCUAUACGUCACCGUGGGUUGUCCUCGAUUCAUCGCAUGAGGAUUAUUGUGUACACCAGGAAUUGAAGAUACUGGGUGGGCCAACAUCGCCGUGGGUUCCUCCAGUGGCCUUGCAGAAGCAGCACCAUUCUGCUGUGAUUCCCGAUCAUGGGAGAGGUGGGCGGGCCCCGCGGUGGAAGCGACUGGGUCCUACAGUUGCGGUGAACAGUAACUCUUAG